AUGCCAUACAUAUCGUUUACUGAAUCAGAAUCAACUACUAGGGUUUAUUGGUUAUACGAAGGAGCAAUUCGGAGGAGAUGCCUACAGCUAAAGAUGAUUAAACACAGUCAAGCAGUUGUGUUUUCCGGUCCCUAUCUCGAAAAAUUUCUGUGUAUUGUACACAAAAGCGUUCAAAAAUUUUUGUAUAUUGAACUCAAAAUAGCAUCUAUGAAGAAAUCGAGUCUCCUGCUUUUGUAUAAGAAUCAAAAGAAGCAUAAAUGCUGUGGGAAUCGGGCAGCCAAUCAUAUUCAUUACCUUGGUUAUCCCUGGAUUGUGAAACCUGACUUUCCAUGCAAAGAGUGUUUUGCGUUUUUUCGUAAAAGAAACUGGAUAGAAACGUCUACGCUUGAAAUCGCUAUGUGCCUCUUAAACAUGCUCGCAAUGCAGCUCAAUUGUUCAAAGAGCACAUCUCAUGUUGAAAGGCCUUUCAAAAAUAAAAAAGACCACGUUGCAGUAAUGUGCUUCGUAAACUAUUGUAAGAUUGGUCAUGGUUUAACCUUAAGACAAGGAGCAGAACCCUCCCCGUACCGCAUUUAUGUUCACAUUACAGAAGUGCGAAUAUGA